AUGUUCCAAUUAUCUUGCACGUAUCAGUUACAAAUUUCAUGCAAAAAUAUUGAUCAGGUAAAUAAAAAAUCGAUUUUUUUAUGGUCAAUUGAAAGAAAUAAUAUUAUUGAAGGUUAUAUGUUUGGAACAAUUCAUGUACCAUUUACUGAAGUUUGGGAAGAUGUAUCGGAAAAGGUAAAAACGGCAUUUGCGCGAUCAGAUUCGGUUGUUUUUGAAUUGGAUCUUUACAAUGCAAAUACAAUUGAACAAUUAUCGAAAUGUAAAAAUAUUCCGGGCGGUGGUACAGUGAAGGAUUAUUUGUCGCCCAAAUUGUAUCUAAGGCUAGAACAUUAUAUGAGAAUUUAUCGGAAUCAUUUGGAAAGACAAUAUGAUCGAAAAGAAAAUUUACAAUCCGAUUCAGAAAUCAGGAAUCAUCCUCGUGAUAUGAUUGGAAAUAUUGUCGAAGGAUGGGAACGACGACGACCGGUUUGGUUGCUAUUCCUAUUGUAUCAAUUAAGCGAAAAAUACCUUUACCGUGAGCAUACACCAAUGCUUGAUUUAUUUCUUGCUCAAUAUGCGCUUGAACUUAAUAAAAAACUUUAUUCAAUUGAAACUGCUACUGAGCAAUGUAAUCCGCUUCGUUCUGUACGUAUGGAUCAGUUACUAUUUGCAAUUAAUUAUACGUUGUCAUAUCUGGAAUUUGAAUUUAAUUUAACAAUGGCUGGAAUGCAAUCAAAUAACAGUGGUAUUGUUAAUUUAAUUAAUAGUUAUAAGUGUGGUUCAUUGGAUGAAUCGCUAUUCAAUACUGAUUCCAAACGAUUUAUUCAUCAAGGAUUUAGUAUUACAGUGGAACUUGAUCGAAAAGCUCAAGAAAUUGAUAAUCAACUUCGUCAAGAUAUUAUUGAACGACGAAACAUUAGAAUGGCUGAUCGUAUCGCUAAAUUAUUACGAUGGAAAGUGGGCAGUCAAUAUUUCUUUGCUUUAGGAGCCGGUCAUUUCAUGGGUAGUAAGUCAAUCUUGGCACUUUUGGAAACUCAUGGAUUCGUUACAAAGGUUGUUACGGAGAAUGAUGAGAUUAGUUUUCGAGAACACGUAAACGAUAGGCAAGUAUAUGUAUUCAACGAGUUAUGGGUACGCGAUGAUGAUAUAACAACUGAUUCAGCAAUUGAUAUUACGCUUACGGUGGGCGAAUUAUCCAAUAGUAGAAGUCCAGUUAAUGAAAGCCAGUGUCAAAUCAUCAUUUUCAUUGUGAUGAUUACAAUUUCAUUCAUCAUGUCAUAG